UGAAUUGGUGUUCUUAUAAACAUUUAACAAUUUCAAGUGACCAUUACCAGACUGUGUGUACGUUGAAUACAGAGUGUUAAGUGCGGACGCGCCCUAUCCGAACCGGCACAAGAGCCCCCCGACGAGAACCCCAGCCCACUCGACUCAUCUGGAAAACGUCAUCCGGAAGCGGCUACGUCAGGAGGAGGGGACCGACUGGUCGCGAGUUAUAUUUACCGUUGCACGAGCAGAUUUUUCCAACCAGUUCAAGUUUAGUCGAAUUUGUUUAGAGCUAGGCUCGGAGAGUCUUUUUCUGUUUUUUUCGUUUUCGCCACCGUUGUAUGGAGCGUGAUAUACAACCGUUACAAAAGUUAUUGUGUACAGCUGAACAAAAUGCAGCUGUACACUCGUCCAGCAGAACUGCACCAUGCACUGGACCUGUCUUGCCCAUCGGAGAAACGAGUUCCGACAGAUCCUUGGAACCAACCGUGGGCCGUUGGGGCAGCGAAUGGCCAAGUUGACUCGAACAAGGCGAUGCCUGGCCUACAAAUCGAGCCCUCCUAGGGCUACCGGCCCCCACCCAUGGGGUUCCCGGGGACGUGAACAACCGCGCGGGUAGCGCCCUCUUGGCCGACCUCAUCGAGGCCCGGCAGGCGAAUGGGCCUUGGCCCAUCGAGCACCCGCUGCCGCUGCCACGCUGGGCCGCCCGACCCAUGACGCCGUUGAGGCUGAGGUCAAUCAGGGAGUACGAGAAGCUGGCCAGCGAUAUCGAGAUGCAGCUGCAGAGGGUGCUGGAGGAGCACAACUACGACACUGUGGGCAACUUCCUGGAGUUCUACGAGGAGUUCAAGAAGAGCGGCAGGAGCAGCGUGCUUGAGUUCUUCCACGUCUACUCUCCACUAAUCACCCCCGAGCACUACACCUGCGUGGGUCUAGCCUUAGAGCUAUGGAACCGCUUAAGCACUCAACUGGAACCUAAAUACCCAGGCAUCGGCAACCACCUCUGUUUAGUCUCCUGUGAGGAAGACAUAGACAGCACCCCUUCAUACACAGCACUAAGCGACCGCCUAGACACAGCUUCCUACACCUUCGAGAAGGAACACGUUCUCAUGUGCUUGAAAGUGGAAUUCUCCGGAAGGACCGGGAUAUUGCUCUGCGACCCUGGGUAUCACGUCUCCAGAGUUAUAACCGUCAUGUCCGACAAAACGUAUCCCAAUACAGGUUGGUUUGUCCAGUCCGAAGAGAACGGUAUCAGGAAAGAGUACAACUACCAGCUAUCGCCCUACAACGACACCUUCGUGGAGUGGAAUGAGAGAACUACAAGGAACGGUGCCCAAGAGAACUUCACGGGUCUGAUUUAUGUAGGAAAGCCCUAUCUAACGGCAGUCGACGUUACAGAGAGGAGAAACCUGGUGUACACCUUCAGAAGUUUGUUAUCCAGGGAUCAAAAGGGGCACCUAAUCGCCGGAGUGUACUUCAAAGUGUUAAAUAAUAAGGAUGAGUUCACCAUCUUCUAUCAAUGCAUGGGAAAGCAGCGUAUCAAGAUGAGUUUUUCGGCAUUUAUGCAACCAAAGGUCAGUGAAGAUCUAUUGAAGAAAAUAAAUAUUUGUAACGAUCAACUGAACCUACCCAAGAACCGGUUGUUGGAGAUUAUAAGAAAGUCCGGACAAAUCUUGACGGAUACCGUAUAUUUGCAGCAAACAUCUGAGAUCGAGCGUUGCAUCAACAUCAUGUCUGCCAAUAACUAAUAUGAAGGGCAUACAUUGCAUUCAUUUUAUUUUAAACUUUUAUUUUUUAUGACUUAAUAUUAUAUUACUAUACUAUAGUGCUAUUUUUGUUAUUAAACUGAUGUGUACUUUCUUUCUAGAUUUCUUAUUAAUGUGUUAAGUAUAAACAAUUUCAGUAUUGCCAAAAAUAAAAUAAAACAUUUUGUAGAGACACAUUUGGAAAAAUUAACAGUAGGUACUGUUGUUUCAAUAUUUCCGCAAUCGUUUAGAAUUAUUUUUUGUUUACGCAAAAUUAAAAUAUGAGAAAAAACAAAGUGAAAGUAACACAUUUAUGCUGUGCUUCUAGUGGAUAUUAAUAAUCUUUUCGAUUUUAUAUAAUAGUUAAUAACUGUCCUUAUUAUUUCAAAUUUUACUAAUAAUCACUUCACAUUUCAAUAUAUUCAGUUAUCAGUAUUCAAAUGAUGAGCACUUUGAGAAUAUUUUCAUUCUGUAUUAUUCAAGUCGAUAAUAAGGGACAAAAGUAUAUUCGGUGAGAAUUAUUAUUAUUCUCGUUUGACGCUAUUAGUGAUUCAUUUGUUUAAUUAUGAUGUUAAUAGUAUUUAUAAGCUUAAUUUGUAUUUAAAAUUUAAUAUAUUUUCAAAUUACACCUUAUUGUAUUAAACAAGAUUUAAUUAGUGACAAUAUUAGAAGCUUAUUAAUUUAUCUCGCUAUUUUCCUCCACUUAAUUAUACUUUUUAAUACUUCCUUAUAAGUAGUCUACAGAUUCAUUUUGGCUAUUUAAGCAAAGUAACUUGUUGAUUAUUAAUUUUAUUCUAACAUAAAGCAUAAUUAAAGAAAAUGUAAAUAUGUUCACAAACAUUAUACCUAUGUAUGUAUUUUAAUGAUUUGUGUAAGCUUUAUUUGUCACUAUCCUUUGCUACUGCUAGAUUUAAAAUAGAGAACUAUGCUUGAUCA